AUCGCAUCUACUAUUCGGAAGUUACCCCAUUGAAGUUUACAUUUACAAGGGUUAAGGAAGGUUAGAUAAAUAAGGGUUAAGGAUUUAGGAUAUGGACGUGCCAAUGAUCAAAUGAGAAAAUUCCACUCGGGUGAUCUCAUUGGUCAACUGUCUUUCGAUGACUAGCGAAUCAGAGUUGUGCGUCACUAGUACUUUCAAGAAACGCUCUCACCUCGCUAGCAACCUAAAAAUGGCUUGCAUAAACUAGCUUGGAAAGUAGCUAGCUAGGGUCAAAAUCAUACAAAGUUAGCAGCAAAAUAGUUUUAUUGUCACCCCAGAAGUUUACGCUGACAUUUAGCUAUUCAAAACGGGGAUUUAAAGCCGCCCUCCAUAUUUAGCUACCGUCUAGAGAUAACUAAAGUUACGUUAGCCAAGUACAGUAAACAAACAAGGGACUGAACUCAGCACAGCCAUGGCAGAUGAAAGCACAACGUUCUGUGCCAAUUGUCAGCAUGACAUUCCAGAGGCUAAUUUCACUACUCAUGAGAUUCACUGUUGCCGGAAUAUUGCUCUGUGUGAGGUGUGCCAAGAGCCAGUGCCCCGUUCAGAUCUUAAGCAGCACAAGGAGCAGGAGCAUAUGCAGGUGAAAUGUAAGUGUGGUUUAAAGGUUGAGAAAAGCCAUAUCGAAUCCCACCAGAGCUCUGACUGCAAUCAGCGGAUGGUGCCAUGUCAGUACUGUGACCUGGAGCUGGUUUUCAGUCAGUCUAAGGAGCAUGAGGAUUAUUGUGGUACGCGCACAGAGCCCUGUCCAUUCUGCAUGUGCAAUGUAAUGUUGAGGGAGCAGGCUGUCCACCCAACCUGGUGUGGUAGCCUCACGCCUCCUCAAGAGAGGAACAACAGCCGGGCAAGUCACAGCCCAGCAGAACCCCAGUCCCCAGGAGCCUGGUUUGAAGCCUACUCCAUCCGUAACCUGUUGAGGGCCAAGGAGGGAGGAGGCCACAAGAACAACAACGCCAGUGCAUCUGACCGCAGGGCCCUACCACGGCCCCUGGAGGCCAGAGUGCACAACAGCACCCGGGGGCAAGUGGGCUUGGGAGGAAGGGGGGACAUUGCCCCGAGGAAUACAGACUUCAGCCACUUGCUGGAACAGGAAUCAUCAGUGAUGGCCAACAACAAUUACAGCAUGGCAUCAUUGGCAUGGCCUGCAGGCCAAUCACUGGGAGAGGACUCUGCCAACCUGGACUACCUGCUGGCCCUCAGCCUGCAGAGUGAUGGGGACACUGGGGAUCUAGGGGGAGGAGAGGGGGCCUUGUGGACUGAUGUCUGGGACCACAAACUUGGAAGGAUGUCCAACACUGGCUCCCUCAUCUCUCCCAUAUCUGCCCCAAACAACUACCAACAUAUCACCACAGGCACCAAUACAGACCUUGACCAGACAGACACCAUGUUGCCCUGUGAGUUCUGUGAGGAUCUGUUUCCUGAAGUGGACCUCAUUUUACACCAGACUGGCUGUAGUCCAGCCUCAGCCUUUGCAUCUUUCAGCAAGCGUCCUCCAUCUCCACGCUAUGAUGACAGGAUUGCUAGGGGUGCUGUUGGUCUUCUGCACAUACCACCUGACACCCCUAGCUUCCCCACCUUGCCCCUUUCAGUCUCCCCGCUCUCCUACAGUUCACCUGCCAGUCCACUAGAGGGGGACGUGGUUAUUCCCUGUGAGUUCUGUGGCGUGGCCCUGGCGGAGGCCGUUGUCUUUCACCACCAGGAUAAGUGUGACCUCCGACCCUGCUCUGUUCACUCGGUGGAUAAGGUCAGCAAAGUGUCCUUUCAGAAACCAUCUCUUCCUCCAAAAGAGAGCUGUGGACAGAACUCCCCUGAGGUGCAGAGGAGACUAAAGCACCAAUUGGACUCCUUGAGUGGGCUGGACAGAGAGAAGCCCCUGGUGCGAAGCCCAAACGAAUGGCAGAGAGACCACAGUGGGCUGCCCAUUACAGGGAAGAUCUCAAACUGUGAUCCCCAUGUGAAGAACAGACUCCAGCAUGGCAGAGAGGCAGAUGGAGGCCACUCACUUUUCAGUGAAGGCCACAAAUCCACCUCUGCAGCAGCUGUGGGACCACCCUUAAGAGAAAAUAAUGGGGGAAGAAGGAAUGCAGGGCCAUCAAAGGUGCCUAAGAAGCAAAACAAAGAACAGGACGAGGAGUGAGGUCGAGACUGUCGAUGGGAAGAGCACCAGGCAAUCACCAAAUGCUUUUUGUGUGAGCUGUGGUCUGUCACACUAAAAGUGGUGUUUCUGGCUGACAACAUUGAAGACACCUCCGAGGUCUCACCAUGCUUAGGUUGGUGUUUAACACUGAUGCCCAACUGCGCAGCAGAUUACGUGGUGCGCAACCAGUGGUUGAUUCAAUCCUAUAUAGUUGGCCUGGAACACGAUCAGUCUCUUUAUUGCCUGUAUGUGUGUCGGUAUGUAUCAGUCGCUCUACCUUUAAAAAAAAAAAAGUAUAAACAGUCAAACUGACAUUUUUGUGAUUCCAAUAUUUUGUUAUAACUUUAAGCUUAUUGUAAUCCUUUCAGUUUUAAACUUUUAAUAUAAAUUGUAUAGAAUGUAAAACCCACCUUAAUAUACUCUUGAAAAAAACUAUGUAAAGAAAAAAAAAUGUAUAUGUAAGACAUCUUGAAGCGCCACAAAGUAAUUGUACUGUUCUCUGAAUAAGGGAAAAUCAAUGACAAAUAAAUACAUUAUCUAAGCAUUA